CAAUGUGCGUCUUCAUCCGCCGGUACUCCCUCGCACUCUCCCCCGGCCCGUCCAUCAGCCCGGCCGCCGUCCCGUAGAUAGCAGCGGACCCGGGGGAACGGCCUCGCUUGGCGGGAAAAGCCACGCCGACUUCCGCCUCGGGUCACGUGGACGGGCGGUAUCCGGGGCAACGAAGAAACAACAUGGAGUCGUCGCGGGCCCGGCCGGGGGGUGAGAUGGAGAUGGAACAAGAGCUGGAGCAGGAGCUGGAGCAGGAGCGGGCCAUGAGGGACAUGCUUGAACAAUCUGCUUCUGAACUAAGAAAACUAGUAUCUCAGCUAGAGAAACGAAUCAACACCAUUGAAGAUGAAGGGAAUGAAUGGAAAACCAGAUUUGAAACUCAACAGGAGCUGAAUCUGCAACUGGAGAGGCAGAUCAGAAUAUUGGAAGAGAAGGUCGAGUAUACUCGUGGCAAUCCCGCUGACAGACUAUCUUCUGUACGUUCAUUUCAGGAAAUGCCAAUGGGUGCCCUCAUGCAGUUUAUAAAGCAACUGGAAAAAGAAAGGAAAAGCCUUCAAAACCAGCUUAAAAAUUAUGAGUGGCGUAUAGAACAAGAAGGGAAGGCUUACCAUAAAGCCAAUGAUGAGCGUCGCAUAUACCUUACAGAAAUUGCGCAGACAUCCUUAUCAAUUGAAACAGCAAAGAAACAAAAUGCAAUAGGAUCAAGAGAAAUGAAGGUUCUGACAGGAAAGCGCAACUUGCCAACUGCAAAAAGGAUUUUGGAACUCAAGAAAGGACCAAUUAAAAAGACUGCAGCGAUGAAACAGCUUCCAAAAUUAAAGCAUGACGUUUGAGCAGGAACGUGGAGCAGGCAUGGUGUGCUGAGUGUCAGAGAAAGGCUGUUAUUUACAUUACUUGAAUCCAAUUUAGAACAGUAGUUCCAUUGUUGCAGGUCCUAUAUCAGUUGUACUGUAUUUAGGUUUUGUUACCUUGUCAGUAAUUAUUUAUACAUCAGAAUUACUGAGACAGUGUAGUUGAUUUAUACAAUUGUAUCACACUUAGAGUCAUAGAGUACCACAGUGUGGAAACAGGCUCUUCGACACAACUUGCCCAUGCCGAUCAAAUGUCCCACCUGCCUGAGUUUGGACCAUAUCCCUCUAAACUUGUCCUGUCCAUGUACCUGUCUAAAUGUUGCGAUAAUACCUGCCUCAACUACCUCCUCUGGCAGCUUAUUCCAUAUACCCACCACCCUUUGUGUAAAAAAAGUUAAUAAUAAAGUUAAUAAUAAUAAUAAUAAUAAUAAUAAAUUUUAUUUGCGGGCGCCUUUCCAAGUCUCAAGGAUACCUUACAGAAAUUAACAAGAGAGAAAAAACAUAUAGUCGGAGUAAAAUAAAUAAUAAGGACAUCACCAAUACACAAAUUAAAGACAGAAUUCGCUCCAAAGACAAAAAAUCAAAAAGACAAUGUUACCCCUCAGGUUCCUAUUAAAUCUUUCCCCCCUCAGCCUAAAUCUAUGCCCCGUGGUUCUCGAUUCCCCCGAAAAGACGUGUAUCCACCCUAUCUAUUCCUCUCAUGAUUUUAUACUCCUCCAUUAGAUCACCCCUCAUCCUCCUACACUCCAGGGAAAAAAGCCUGCCCAACCGCUCCCUGUAGCUCUGGCCAUUGACUCCUGGCAACAUCCUCGUAAUCAAUCAUGAUUUAUGUUGCAAACCAUUGCUAAUCUGUUUUAAGGUUCUAAUGAAUAAAUAUAUACAAUAAUCUUCCUAUCAAUUCCUUUUAUA